UGAGGACCGAGCGCCUGUCCCACGGAUUCCAGCACUCAUCAGCUCUGCAAAUAUAUUGCAUCAACGCCGGUACUGCGAUCGGACUAGAAGUUGCGACCAACAAGAAGUGACCGCGCUGCCGCCUGUACCGACGUCAUGGAAGCUCUCGACAGCAACAACUUGCUUCAGAAUGCACAUCAAUCGCUAAACCCGACCGGAAUGAUGAACUCCGGAACGGUCAACGGCAGACGUGAGCACGUGGAUCGUGGUCAGCGGCCGACUAUCGGGCAGGUUGUUUACAUAUUCCUGAACAACAUCAAGCUCCGAUUUGGUGAACAUUCGACUGAGGUCAUCAGCAUCUUGAACAUCCUUGGUACAUUCCGAGCCGGAGAGAUGUCGAAGAAAGACACACUCGUUGCGAUCAGGCACACGCUCGGAGAUCAUGCAGACCUCAAGCAAGAUCUUCUGAACAUCCUGUUCCACAGGGAGGCUGACUGGGGCGUGGGUGACUUCGACUUCGGAUUCCGCCAGCCUCUCGAACAACCUAGCCCUAGCCCUCAAUUCCUGCAGCCCGCCCAUCAGCCUCAGAUGCGCUUACCCCCAAUCUCUCCACUAUGGCACGAGGUUGGUCAUGCCUACUAUAGCCAGCCUUGGUCUUCCGUCACCAACGGUCCGAUGCUCGAUCAUGUGCAGUCUCCCACUGGCAAUCACUCCAAUUCGCCAGCAAUUUCUUACCAAACGCAACUGUCUCCAACUCUCUCGCCAAGGAAGGGACCGACCACCACCGCUAGCCCAUCUGUGCUCGGAGUACCCGUCGCUGUACCCAUCGGCCAGCCCAUCGACGACAUGCUCCCUCCGUCAAAGAAACGCCGCUGUCAUCAAAGCUCAACAACUCAGGCUAAGGGGAAAGAGGAACCAAGAGAAGAAGAUGCCAAGAUCGCUCGCCAUAUGUCACCAUCUACAGAGACCACUGAUCGACUCUCAGUACCACCUCAGCCGGAGAAGAAGAUCAAGGAGGCAAACACCUCGUCGCAAGGAAGAGGAGGGCCCUACAUUCAUGGUCUGUGCGGCAAGGGAUUUUCCGGCAGGUCAAAGGUCAAGAAACAUCACUGGGGUAAGAAGCUUGAUGAUCUGGAGACAACUAGCGGUUGUUGGGCGAAGAACAACAAGCCAAACGUGAGCUGGAACGAGCAUCCGAGCUGCAGAGAUGGUGUGGCGCAACAAAAGCUAUCAUCAGCCGUUCCAAAACCGAGGACGGUGACUCAAAAAGCCCCCUUGGUCCCUCCGAUGGUACCUACCUCUGAAGACCGCAAUCAUUUUUUUGCCGACACUUCGCGGCCCUGCCGAGAGAGUGAGCAGCCUAUAGAAGACAUGGGCGCUUAUCAUUCUCAUCGGCUGCCUACUCGAUCAAGUUUCGACGACCUGCUCACUGCUGUCAACGUCGCAUGCGAGAUCGACGCACCACAGCCACAAGGACGCAUCGACUCAGUGGUCUCUCAUCUCGAUGCUCAGGCUGCCGCUGCUGAAUACAAUAGGCAGUACAUCACCAACUGGCAGGCCGCUUCAGAUGAUCGUCGUGGGGAGUCUCUUCCAUACGGUCGCCAAAACCCAUACACUACACAGGUACUUGGCCUUCGAGGUGUUCACGUGCCCGUACACAUGGCUUUGCCGGUUCUUGAUGGAUCGUACCAAUACCCUCCUCCCACACGUGCUUUCACCAACUCGCACUGGAAUAGCGACCACGAGGUGGCGUUCGACGGUUCAAGCCGACAGUAUGCCGCUCUCGGAUCGCCAUUCUCACCUGGUGCAGAUGAGGAAUACCGUCAGACCUAGCUAGUUAGCCAGUUCGCGCGCUCAACUGGGACGACAACGUAGACGGCUUUAUGGCAAGUGACUGCAGGUGUAAAAGAAAUCUGAACAAGAAUCCAUCGA